CCAUCUUCCACCGUAGAAACUCUCCUACACAAUGACCCUCGAUUUCAGUUCUAGGGUUUUGUACUCUCAUGAUUCAGCAUUCUAGGGUUUACGAUUCGUUCGGAGACAGAGAAAGGGAGAAGUUUCUUUCAGAGGAGCUGUGAAAUGGAAGCUAGAGUCGGGGUGUCCGGGAAUCGAGGUGUGGUGGACGGUGGUGCGAGGAAGUUCUUGCACCGCCACCACCCCCAGGAACAGGAACAGGAACAGCAACAGCCUGUGCAUCAACAGUCGCAGAUGGGGACUGUGCAUCAGCUUCUUGCCGGCGGUAUUGCUGGAGCUUUUAGCAAGACCUGUACGGCACCUCUAGCUCGGCUCACCAUUCUCUUUCAGGCAUUUCUUCAAUGA